CUCUUCUCCUCAAACAGCACCUGAGAGCAGGGGCAUUCCGGAGAAGCAGUACACGGUGGGAACUUCUCUCAAGAGGCUGACUCUCUUUUUGCAAGUCCAAGGCUGGCCCCUCACCAGGCGACAUGAAGGGGUGUGUGCUCCUAGUGCUCUUGGCUUUGUGCUCCGCCAAGCCCUUAUUUCACCCUUCAUAUGUGACACUGAAGAACAUGAUGCUGAAGGACAUGGAAGACGAAGGGGACAGUGACCUUGAUGCGGACAACUCUCUUUUUCCAACAAGAGAGCCAAUUAACACCUUCUUCCCGUUCGAUCUGUUCCCAACGUGUCCAUUUGGAUGCCAGUGCUACUCGAGAGUUGUACACUGCUCUGAUCUAGGUUUGUCCUCCGUCCCAAGCAACAUUCCAUUUGAUACUCAGAUGGUUGACCUUCAAAACAAUAAAAUUAAGGAAAUCAAAGAAAAUGAUUUUAAAGGACUCACCUCACUUUAUGCUUUGAUUCUGAACAACAAUAAGCUAACAAAGAUCCACCCAAAAGCCUUUCUAACUACAAAGAAGUUGAGAAGGCUGUACCUGUCCCACAAUCAACUAAGCGAAAUACCAUUUAAUCUUCCCAAAUCGCUAGCAGAACUCAGAAUUCAUGAUAAUAAAGUUAAGAAAAUACAAAAGGAGACAUUCAAAGGAAUGAAUACUUUACAUGUUCUAGAAAUGAGUGCAAACCCUCUCGAUAAUAAUGGGAUUGAACCGGGGGCAUUUGAAGGAGUGACAGUAUUCCAUAUCAGAAUCGCAGAAGCAAAACUGACCUCAAUUCCUAAAGAACUUCCAUCAACUUUACUGGAGCUUCAUUUAGACUAUAAUAAAAUUUCAACCGUGGAACUUGAGGAUUUUAAACGAUACAAAGACCUGCAAAGGCUGGGCCUGGGAAACAACAGAAUCACUGACAUUGAAAACGGAAGUCUUGCUAACAUACCACGAGUGAGAGAAAUACACUUGGAAAACAACAAACUAAAAAAAAUCCCUUCAGGAUUACAGGAGUUGAAAUAUCUCCAGAUAAUCUUUCUUCACUCUAAUUCAAUUACAAAAGUGGGAGUGAAUGACUUCUGCCCAACAGUACCGAAGAUGAAGAAAUCUUUAUACAGUGCGAUAAGUCUGUUCAACAACCCGGUGAGGUACUGGGAAGUGCAGCCCGCGGCUUUUCGCUGUGUUGUAGGCAGAAUGAGCGUGCAGCUCGGGAACUUCAGAAAGUAG